GCUAAAUGCGCGUGCGUGUGGGAAUUUACGUACCGUGGCUAUUUUGAUGCAGGUUAAAGUAUUUUUUAUGUUGACUGAUGUUGACAGAUCUGAAAAAAUCAUAAAACAAUGGAUAAAUUAAUUACAAGAUCAAUAUUUGCAGCUCGUACUUUGGCUUGUCGACCGCUAUUGGUUUGCCAGUGUUCGAAGAUUGUUAAAAAUGCCAGACAACUGCAUUCCAAUUGUCAGAUGUCUGGAUCAAAGGCUCUCUUGCAGGGUGGCAAGGUUGGAUCGACUUUUGCCUUGUCAAAAAGAAACAUGUUUAUACAGACACAGGAUACACCGAAUCCAAACAGUCUGAAAUUUCUACCAGGUGUUCCUGUGUUAGAACAGGGUCAGACUAUGGACUUUCCAAAUGCAACAGCAGCAUAUUGUUCGCCGUUGGCCAAAAUGUUAUUCAGAAUUGAGGGUGUUAAAUCUGUAUUCUAUGGAUCUGAUUUUAUAACUGUAACAAAGGUCGAUGAAGAUGUUGAUUGGAAGGUGUUGAAACCUGAAAUUUUUGCCACGAUUAUGGAUUUUUAUGCUACUGGGCUUCCAAUAUUGACAGAGGAACAGCCUUCUUCAGAUACUCAAAUCAAUGAAGAUGACGAUGAGACUGUACAGAUGAUAAAAGAAUUACUUGAUACUCGAAUACGACCUACUGUCCAAGAAGAUGGUGGAGAUAUAGUGUUUGUGGGUUUUGAGAAUGGUAUUGUGAAACUGAAGAUGCAAGGGUCUUGUACCAGUUGUCCCAGCUCGGUAGUAACUUUAAAAAAUGGUGUACAAAAUAUGAUGCAAUUUUAUAUACCAGAAGUGUUGGGAGUUGAACAAAUAGAAGAUGAAGCAGAACAGUUGGCUAAGAAAGAAUUUGAAAAAUUAGAGAACAAAGUCAAAGAAAAAACCAGCAGCAAUGAGUAAAUCUAAGUCGUAAAAUUGUAUAAAUUGUAAAAAAUUAGGUGUAUUAUAAUCACGAUCUUUAGCGUUACUUGUUUCAAUAAAUAUGAUAAAGAAAAAUAAAACGUUCAAUUAUUUUCGGA